CAGUCACUCACUCUCACCGCAGCAGCAGCGCCACCCGGUUCCUCAAAACCUCUCCCAUCCGCUAUUUGAUGAUGGAGCUUCUUUGAGCGUCUAAAACGGAUGACAGCUCUUUAUUAAACUAACAAAUGCGCCAGAAGUGAGCGAACGUCUGUAGGUUAAGGAUAAAAGCGGUCGAGGAAGGCGCAAACAUGUCGGCGAGCGCUGUUUAUGUGUUGGAUCUGAAGGGGAAGGUGCUGAUCUGCCGUAAUUACCGCGGUGAUGUGGACAUGUCCGAGAUCGAGCAUUUCAUGACCCUGCUGAUGGACAAAGAGGAGGAGGGAACACUGUCGCCCAUCCUGGCUCACGGGGGAGUUCGCUUCAUGUGGAUCAAGCACAACAACCUGUACCGUAUCUUCCAAACCUCUAGAACUAAAAAUCCCAUUCAUUUUCUAUACGGAGAAAUAUACAUCACGCAGGAAGGUCACAAGCUGGACACGGGCGCUCCGCGGCCCCCUGCCACGGUCACCAACGCCGUCUCCUGGCGGUCAGAGGGCAUCAAGUACAGGAAGAACGAGGUUUUCCUGGACGUCAUCGAGUCUGUCAACCUCCUGUGUUUGGUUCUGAUGGGGUUUGGUUUUCUGUGUGAACAGGUGAAGCCGCUGAUCUGGAUCGAGUCUGUGAUUGAGAAGCAUUCGCACAGCAGAAUCGAGUACAUGAUCAAAGCCAAGUCUCAGUUUAAGCGACGCUCCACCGCCAACAACGUGGAGAUUCAUAUUCCAGUCCCGACCGACGCAGACACGCCCAAGUUUAAGACCACGGUGGGCAGCGUGAAGUGGGUGCCGGAGAACAGCGAGAUUGUUUGGUCCAUCAAAUCUUUCCCUGGAGGUAAGGAGUACCUGAUGAGGGCUCAUUUCGGGCUGCCCAGCGUUGAGGCAGAGGACAAGGAGGGAAAACCACCAAUCAGUGUGAAGUUUGAGAUUCCCUAUUUCACCACCUCUGGAAUACAGGUGCGUUACCUGAAGAUCAUUGAGAAGAGCGGCUAUCAGGCCCUGCCGUGGGUGCGAUACAUCACCCAGAACGGAGACUAUCAGCUGCGGACUCAGUAAACGUGAAGAAUUAGCCUAGAGGAUCAUGGGUCAAGGAAGCGUCUCUGUCUGGCUCUCUUUCUGCUGUAUGUAGAGGCUCCACACUCAUCUGCAGUAUUCACAACACACUAGUGCUUCCAAUCAUUUCAAACAAAUACACGUCAGAUCUUAUGACUUAUGGAUUGGAAUUGAAUCUUUCACACCGUGUUAUUUAGAUUUUGUCCAAAUCUUCCUAUAUUGAAUCUUACGAAACUCUCCAGAACAUGUGAAUCUUAUGAAUCUUUACUUGUUAUUAGAAUCAUAUAAAUCUUUACUUAGAAGAAUCAUAUGAAUCUUUACUUAGAAGAAUCAUAUGAAUCUUUACUUAGAAGAAUCAUAUGAAUCUUUACUUAGAAGAAUCAUAUGAAUAUUUACUUGUUAUUAUAAUUAUAUGAAUCUUUACUUAGAAGAAUCAUAUGAAUCUUUACUUAGAAGAAUCAUAUGAAUCUUUACUUAUUAGAAUCAUAUGAAUCUUUACUUAGAAGAAUCAUACGAAUCUUUACUUAGAAGAAUCAUACGAAUCUUUACUCGGAAGAAUCAUAUGAAUCUUUACUUGGAAGAAUCAUAUGAAUCUUUACUUUUGAAUCAUUAAGAUUCUUAUAUUGUCGUUUGCGGUUAUUUAUCAGAUGAAUUCAACAACAGCCGUAAGGUCACAGCGAUAGUGUGUUGCAUAUUACAGUGUGUGUUUGUUACGUUAAUUCAAAAGUCAAAAAAGGUCAGAUGAAUCGACUCAUUGAAGCGUUUGUAUUUCUAGGUCAUCAUUUCGUUCAGGAUUUCAUGUCAGGGACGUCCUCAGAUAUUGUUUUAUUCAUAUUCAGUAUUUUUUUGACGUCAUUCCUGCACACUGACUCUUUAGUUUUUUUUAUUUUAGAGUUUAUUUAUAGUAUGUUGUAAUUCAGUGUUCACAGUACCUCAUGAGUUUACUACACUGCUAAAAUGCAAAAUUACGCUCGAUUUAAACUGUUCAACACACAACUGAAAUCUAAAGUCAACCGUGGUGCCAUUUUCAAAAUAGGAGAUGAAAUAGAAAAUGUUUGUUUGGUUUUUGUAUUAAUUUGUCGAUUUGUCUCAUUUCAUUUGCCUUCAAAUGAUAGAAUGUAAAGGUUACCGUGUUUACUAUGGUACAGCAUGCAGUGGAGCUGAAAUGUGACAUAAUUGCAUUCCUCUUGAAAUGUUCCUGUAUCUCACUUAAAUAAUUGACCUCUCUGUAAACGUCAGACAUCAAUAAAGUACCUGUUUAGAAAAUA